AUGACCAAGGCGAAGAAGACGCGCAAGUUUGCGACGGUGAAACGUAUGCUCAAUCCCAAUGACAUCCGUUUGAAAGAAAAUCAACUGAAGCAAAAGAUGAAGGAGGAGAAGGAGAAAGAAAAGGCGGUACGCCGAGUGCCGCAAGUAGCCUCAUCGAUGUUUCUGGCACAUAACGAAGCCCUGGCCCCACCGUAUCGAGUGCUCGUGGACACCAACUUUAUCAAUUUCAGCCUACAAAACAAACUCGAGCUCGUUAGCGGCAUGAUGGACUGCCUCUAUGCUAAAUGUAUACCGUGCAUAACCGACUGCGUGAUGGCCGAGCUUGAGAAACUAGGUCACCGAUAUCGUGUUGCAUUAAGUGUUGCGCGCGACCCGCGAUUUGAGCGUCUAAAAUGCUCACACGAGGGAACCUAUGCUGACGAUUGCUUGGUUCAAAGGGUGACUUCACACAAAUGCUACAUUGUAGCCACUUGCGACCGAGACCUCCGACGGAGAAUACGUCAGAUUCCUGGGGUUCCGUUGAUCUUUGUACUUGAUCUCAUGUCGGCACUCAAUCCGAUUCUUGCUCAUAUUCGCACUGCUUCUCGCAUUCACAAACCUUUAUUCGUCGCAUUGCAAGGUCCUCAGGGUUCCGGCAAAUCGUACAUUUCCGCGUUGCUGGCAGAAGAACUCGGGAGGGUUGCAGUUCUGUCACUAGACGACAUCUAUCUCCCUCAUGAAAAACUUGAAGCUCUUGCUCAUGCUCAUCCAAAUAACCCUCUUUGGCGUGGCCGUGGCCAGCCAGGCACUCACGACGUGGCUCUUGGUCUGCACGUUCUUUCUACACUCCGGGCCGGCAACCCGGUAGAGCUACCCCGGUUCGAUAAGAGUCUUUUCAAUGGACAAGGCGAUCGGAUACCCUUGGGUCUGCCCGAUGCAACCGUCGUGCAACAGCCCGUCGAUGUCGUCUUGCUUGAGGGCUGGUGUGUUGGCUUCUGUCCCAUCUCUACCAAAGAGCUGGAGAUACGAUGGAACGCAGAUUGGGCUAGAGAGAGAACUCGGCUCGGUCUUGGUGAUUCUACACGGAAGGAAGAUGUAAUGGCAGUAAAUGAGGCCCUGGAACACUACAUUCCCUUGUGGCAGAUGUUUGACGUGUUUAUCCAGUUAAAGCCAUCUCCACCCGCCUCCCAAUUCUCCGUCGUAUAUAAAUGGCGAUUACAGCAAGAACACCAUAUGAAGGCUCGCAACGGCGGUCGCGGCAUGGACGACGCUGCAGUAAAAGCGUUUGUUGAUCGCUAUAUUCCUGGAUACGUGUUUUUCGGGGAUGGGCCAAUGAAGGGAGACCAUAAAUGGCAGGGAAAGUCCCUCCAAGUCCAGAUAGACGAGAACCGUGUUGUUGUUGACACCCACCAAUUCUGA